AUGAUGCGAAUGAAGGAGUACAAUCAUCCAGUUCCCCUUGAAAAGCCAUCCUUUCCAACUGAUACCGUGAGCAUCCUGAUACUCACCAUUGACACACCUGACGACUUUACGAACACACUGAGAUCUUGCCUUGCCAGCCAGCCCAAGGAAAUUAUUGUUGUUACAAUCCCUCGUGAUCUUGCAAGAGUCAAAUGGUUGGCCUCUCCUGUCCUACAAAAGGCCGGAAAUGUGCCCAUCACCAUUUUGACUGUUCCGAAGCCUGGCCGACGAACACAGAUGGCUCUUGCUGUGCGAGAAGCAACUGGUGAUGUACUGUGUUUUGUUGAUGAUGAUACAGUAUGGCCCACCAAUAAUGUGUUGCCGUAUCUCCUCGCGGGGUUCGAGAACCCAAGGGUCGGAGGCGUGGUUGAGCGACAAAACCCUGAUGCUCUUACACCUUGGGAAGUCGCAGCUAUCCGAAAGCUAUCAAGCAACAACGAGAAGCAGAUGCUUCUCCACGCCAAUGGAGGCGGCAUAUGGUGCUUGGUAGGUCGGACCAUGUUGCUUCGAACUGCUGCUCUAAAGCAUGGUACGUUCCUGGACGAUUUGACAAAUGAGAUCUUCGCUGGUGGACUCCUCCAAACGGGUGAGGACAGCUUCAUAACCCGUUGGUUACGUCGGAAUGGGUGGGAGUUAUUCCACCAAGACGCACGCGAGGCUGAAGUCUUCACCGAGGUCAAAUGCGACUCCACGUACGUUGGCCAACUUAUUCGUUGGCGACGCAAUGGGUUCCAGGCUUUCAUCAAUCAGCUCUUUAUUGAUCCUGGAUUUCGAAGCAUCUAUCAAAGGGAUGCUUACUUUGCUCGUAAGCUUGCCGAGGAGUUUGGACGCCCUCUCAUCACUCUUGUCCAUCUCAUUGGUUGGGGACUAUGCAUAAUGAACUCACCGAGAAUAGCUCUUUGCUUCAUGGUCUGGUACUUGUAUCAAAUGGCUAGUACCUACCGAUCUUUUCUUACCCUGUUCCCUUGGGUUGGAAUAAAGAACCUCUGGGCCGCCAUCGCUAUGGACUAUUCCUAUCUAAUUCUUGACUACUAUGGUCUACUCACUGUCAGCCGAGAGGGUUGGUUGACCCGCAAUGAUAAGUGA